GCAACGAGAAGGCAAACAAGCUGUGGCACUAGAGCUGGUAGAGUUAACUCGUUCAAUAGUCUGGGAAGUUACCCCUCUCAACUCAACUUCCAAAUACUUUUUUUGUGUUUUUGCUUGCAAAUGACGUUUGGAGAUUUUUUGUUUUAAAAAGAAUCGUGUUCUCAGAUGGUACAUUAAUAAGAUGGCUGGCAAAAAGAAAGAAGUCAGCUUGCAGGCGUCUGUCGCAAACCAAGAGCAAUGGGAUGAGAUGCUUGCAACUAAAGGUUUAACAGUUGUAGAUGUGUACCAGCAAUGGUGUGGUCCAUGCCGAGCUGUUGUCAGCUUACUGAGGAAGAUCAAAAAUGAACUGGGAGAUGACUUGUUACAUUUUGCCACAGCAAAAGCUGACAGUAUCGAUGCUCUAGAAAGGUACAGGGGGAAGUGUGAGCCCACCUUCCUGUUCUAUGGGGGGGGGGAGAUGGUCUCAGUGCUGCGGGGGGCUAACGCUCCUGUCCUCCAGAGGAUGGUGUUGGAGGAACUGGCCAGAGAGAAGACUGUCCUGGAGGAGGGAGGGGAACGCAGAGUGGUGAAAGAUGAAGGUUUGAUAGAUGAAGACGAGGAGGAGGAUCAAAGUGAUGAAGAUACGCUUGACAGUAAAUCAUACACGGUGGCCAUCAUCAAACCAAACGCUGUGGCUCAUGGCAAAACUAGUGAGAUUAUCAUGAAGAUUCAGGAUGCCGGGUUUGAGAUCCUAGCCCACGAGGAGAGAACGCUGAGCGACUCUGAAGCACGAGAUUUCUACCAGAACAAAGUAGGAGAGGCCUGUUUUGAAGACCUGAUCCAGUUCAUGUCCAGUGGCCCCUCUCACAUCCUGGUGGUCUCUCAGAGGGAGGGGUCAGGUAAUGUGGUGCCAGCAUGGAGGGAGUUCAUUGGUCCAGCAGACACAGAGGAAGCCAGGAGGGAUAAACCUGAGAGCCUACGUGCCCAGUAUGGCAGUGAAACCCUGUUCAACUCGCUCCACGGUAGUGACGACAGCCAUCAGGCUAGGAGGGAGCUGGCCUUCUUCUUCCCCAGCUUCAGGACUUCUUCCCGGGCAGAGCAGCACGAGGAGGAAGGGCAAGUGGAGAGGACACUGGCUCUCAUCCGACCCAACCUCUCCAGGGAGAGCAAAGAUGAGAUCUGGUCUCGUAUCCAUGAGGCUGGCUUCACUGUGUCUCUCCAGAGAGAGGUGAUAUUAACAGAGGAACAGGCCAGACGGUUCUACAAACGACAUGUUGACCAGGACUACUUCCCUGCCCUACUGCACAACAUGACCAGCGGUCCUGUGUUGGCUCUGGCCCUGGCCAGGACGGGAGCUGUGGACCACUGGAGGAACCUUCUGGGCCCUAAAGAUGUUAACAAGGCCAGGGAGGAGCAGCCCGACUGCCUCAGGGCCCAGUUCAUGGUGGCCAGUGAGGAGGACAGUGAGCCCCAGAACCAGCUGAACCAGCUCCAUGGCAGUGCCAGCAGGGAGGAGGCAGAGGAGGAGAUUGACUUCUUCUUCCCUAAACAGCAGACUCUGGCCAUCAUUAAGCCUGACUCCAUGGACGAACAUAGAGAGGAGAUCCUGGGGGAGAUCCGUGCUGGAGGUUUCUCUAUAUCUCGGCUGAAGGAGACAGUGUUGUCUAGAGACACGGCUGAGGAGUUCUACAGGGAACACAGAGACAAACCGUUCUUCAGCCAGCUGGUUGACUUCAUGUGCAGCGGCCCCUGUAUGCUGCUGGUGCUGACCAAGGAAAAUGCUGUAGAGGAGUGGCGGUCCAUGAUGGGCCCCACAGACCCUGGCCUGGCCCAGGUUACGGCCCCGGGGUCCCUGAGGGCCCGCUUCGCCUUAGACAUCCUCCACAACUCCCUUCACGGCUCCUCCAAUCAGGAGCAUGCUCAGGAGAAGAUACACUUCCUGUUUGGUGAUAUCAUCACCUCAGACAGAGACCUGACCAGCAAUGGGGAACUGGAUCCCACAUCGCGAGGAAAACAGCAGGACAGUUUUGCAGAUCUCAUGGCUUCAGACAAAUCAGGUUGUACAACUGCAGAAAUGACAGAACAUGUUGAGCCAGGAAGUCCAGAGAGCCAUCAAGAGCAUGUUGAGCCAGGAAGCCCAGAGAGCCAUCAAGAGCAUGUUGAGCAGGCCACAUCCACGUCAGACACACCUAGUGUCACAAGCAAAGAAGGGGAAGGUGAUCAGACACCAGUCUGAAGAAGAAGGAUCAACAGAUGCCCAGUAGAGAUCCCCAGGACAGAUCCCCAAGACAGGUCCCCAGGACAGGUCACCAGUAGAGAUCCCCAGGACAGAUCCCCAAGACAGGUCCCCAGGACAGGUCACCAGUAGAGAUCCCCAGGACAGGUCGCAAGUAGAGAUUCCCAGGACAGAUCCCCAGUAGAGAUUCCCAGGACAGGUCACCAGUAGAGAUCCCCAGGACAGGUCACCAGUAGAGAUCCCCAGGACAGGUCACCAGUAGAGAUCCCCAGGACAGGUCACCAGUAGAGAUCCCCAGGACAGGUCACCAGUAGAGAUCCCCAGGACAGAUCCCCAGGACAGGUCACCAGUAGAGAUCCCCGGACAGAUCCCCAGGACAGGUCACCAGGACAGAUCCCCAGGACAGGUCACCAGGACAGAUCCCCAGGACAGGUCACCAGUAGAGAUUCCCAGGACAGGUCACCAGUAGAGAUCCCCAGGACAGAUCCCCAGGACAGGUCACCAGUAGAGAUCCCCAGGACAGGUCACCAGUAGAGAUCCAUAGGACAGGUCACCAGUAGAGAUCCCCAGGACAGGUCACCAGUACAGAUCCCCAGGACUCUGAUCGUCAAAGUUAAGACUGAAUGGCCUUCGUCUUUCAGACACAACAAAUCAACAAUACCACUUGUAGGGCCACAGUACAUUAUCAUGUUACUUCAUUUGAACGUUGCGAAAAAUGAAAUAAAAAUCUUACUGCAGAUUUUUCCAUUUUAGUGUAUCAAUGUCUACAUCCUCAUCAACACAAUCUAAUCGUAUUAGU